AUGCCAAACAAUGUCACAUUCAUGAAGGAUAUCCGGUCUAAGAAACGGAGACUUGGAGCAUUUGACACAGUAGCUCUGACAAAGGAAUGCAGUGCAUAUCUUCAAAAUAAAGUACCCCCAAAGAUGAAGGACCCUGGAUGUUUUACCAUACCUUACAACAUUUGGGCAACUAAUUAUGGUAAGGCAUUAUGUGAUUUGGGUGCAAGCAUGAACUUGAUGUCGAUGUCUAUAUUUAGGAAGUUGGGGAUAGACUUUGAAGCAGAUAGAGAUGUGUCAAUCAUCCUAGGAUGGCCUUUCCUAGCAACUGGAAGGACCCGUAUUGAUGUGCAGAAGGCCGAGCUUACUAUACAUGUUCAGGACGAUCAGGUAACUUUUAAUGUUUUUAAGUCUAUGCGAUUCCCUAACACAGUUGAUGAUUGUUCUACAGUAUCUAAGUUAGAGGAUUUAGCUGUAAAAUGGGAACUCAACUUAUUGAGGACCCAUUAG